GCAUUAGUCAGAUCCGUGACGCUGACAGAGGGAAGGACAAGGCGCAGUAUCCCUCCAUACUCCAUCACAUUUCUCCCAACCCGAGGCUGACAACAACGACCGAAAAAAGAGGUACAGGAAAUCGCGAUUUUGGCUUGUUUUCAGGCCCAAUCACAUUAAACAGAAUGACUAAAGAGGAAACUUCUGAGGUGGAUGAGGCAAAACCAGCCUCUGAGUUCAUCAGCCCUGUUCAUGAACCCCGCAAGAAACCCAUCGUGCAUCCAUCUGCACAGGCUCCACUGCCCAAGGACUAUGCGUUCACCUUCUUUGACCCAAAUGACCCAGCCUGUAUGGAAAUUCUGAUUGACCCUCUGACCACAAUCCCAGAACUAUUUGCCAUCGUCCGCCAGUGGGUCCCACAAGUUCAGCACAAGAUCGAUAUCAUAGGCAAUGAGAUUUUGAAGCGAGGUUGCCAUGUCAAUGACCGCGAUGGCCUGACGGAUAUGACUCUUCUCCACUACUGCUGCAAAGCGGGAGCUCACGGAGUGGGUGAUCCAGAGGCAGCGUUCCGGCUGUCCAAUCAGCUCAUAACCCUGGGUGCUGAUGUGAGUCUGCGCAGUCGUUGGACCAACAUGAAUGCUCUCCAUUAUGCGGCUUACUUCGAUGUGCCAGAACUGAUCCGCGUUUUGCUCAAAGCCUCCAAGCCUAAAGUGCUUAACUCCACCUGCAGUGAUUUUUAUCAUGGCACAGCACUGCACAUCGCUGCCUCCAACCUCUGCCUGGGCGCUGUCAAGUGUCUACUGGAACAUGGAGCCAACCCUUCUGUCAGAAAUGAUAAAGGUCAAGGACCUGCCGAGGUCAUCCCUGACCCCAUGGACAUGAGUCUAGAUAAGGCAGAGGCUGCUAUGGUGGCCAAAGAGCUAAAGCAGUUGCUGUUGGACGCAGUGCCGCUCAGCUGUAACCUUCCCCGUGCAACCCUGUCCAACUUUGACAACAUCCCCGGCAACCUCAUGCUUUCCUCCCUGGGCCUCAAACUUGGGGACCGUGUGGUGCUGGAUGACAUGAAGCAGACUGGCACCCUCCGUUUCUGUGGCACUACUGAGUUUGCCAGUGGGCAGUGGGUGGGCAUUGAACUGGAUGAGCCCGAGGGCAAGAAUGACGGGAGUGUGGGUGGGAUCCGCUAUUUUAUCUGCUCCCAAAAACAAGGUGUCUUUGCCCCUGUGUCAAAAAUCAGCAAAGUUCUCGAACUGACCCCCUCUUCUAUCACCUCCACCCCAAAAACCCCUCGCAUGGAUUUGUCUCGAGUGACCGGCAUGAUCAAGAAAGAGAAAAAAGAGAAUGAUCGUGAGAAGAUUCAGAGAAAGAAGUCUCUGUCUGGGGGUUUAGAUCCAGAUGGAGUCACGGUUGAAGUUGGGGAUCAGGUGCUUGUGGCCGGCCAAAAGCAAGGAAUUGUCCGCUUUUUUGGAAAGACAGACUUUGCUCCUGGAUAUUGGUUUGGUGUGGAGUUGGAGCAGCCCACUGGAAAGCAUGACGGCAGUGUAUUUGGAGUGCGUUACUUCCACUGUUUGCCCAAAUGUGGUGUUUUUGCACCACCAUCCCGUGUUCAGAGAAUUGGAGGGCCCAAAGAACCACAGGUGGAUGGUACACUAGUGAAGAAAGUCCACCAGGUGACUACGUCUCAGCCGAAACGUAACUUUAAUAUGGUGCGGUCUCCGAAAGACAUAACAUCUGAGAGUUCCAUAUCCAGCAGGUUGCUUUUCUGUUGCUGGUUUCCCUGGAUGCUCCGUGCAGAGAUGCAGUCAUAAAUCCACUGGUUACAUCUUAUUCUAUUUCCCCUUCUUUCUGUUCCUUCCUUAAGAUGAAAUCUCACCCCUUCUGUGUAUGUCCAUUAUUCAUAAGUGCUUUUCUCUGUGAACUACCCAGACUGCUGUCAGAGGGACUGCUGUACACCCCCUCCUCCCACUCAUUUGACAGCAAUUCAAUAGCAAAAAAUAGUGCCUUGUGAAGUAACUAAUGUCCUGCAUUACGAUUAUUAAAACAGAGACAAAUUAACAAUCUUUUAUUAAAUCUAAAUAAGGGAAAAUUCAUCCCCACUAAAAGCCAUUCAUAUCUCUGUAUCUGCUUGGGUUUUACACUGUGGAUAGAUUAUUGGUAGUAUUCAAGCUUGUUAACACAUGUUAUAAACAAGCAUGCUAUUAGGCUUUGUUGCUUUAAUUUCUAAAGGUGCUUUUUGUUUAAUUCUGUUUUGAAACAUGUUGCUGCUGUAUUGUGCACCUCUACUGUCUUAAUAUUCAAUAGUUUAUAGCAAACUUUGGCUUGGUCCCUAAGCUUCAAAUGCCUUAGAUUUAUUUAGUUUUAGUAGGUGACUUAAAUUACAUUUUAUUAUUAUUUUUUUAUAUAUUUUUUUCAUUACAGUGUUUACUGAAAACUACUGAACAUACAGGGUAUUUACCAUCUGAGCUAAAUGUUUUCUUUAUUCACAAUGAACCUUAUGAAAUUGUGUAGAUUAAAGUAAAACAUAUGUUGCAUGACAUAUGACAUCGCAGAUAUGGGCAUGCUUUACAGUGCUUAAACUGUACUAAAAUGAGGUGAGAGGCCUGCUUUAGAUAUCAUUAGCUAAUUAAUCACUUAUAAUUAAAUUAAAAUAUACCACAGAGCCUAAAGGUACACUACAUGUUAUCUUAAAGGCUAAAUGAUCAAUUACUCCAAAUUACAUAGGCCUGUUGUUAGAACCAUGUUACAGGUUUUGGAUCUACAUGACUAACGUGCAACUUCUAAAGGGUAUGCACAUUUGAGAAUAGGCAAAGUCAAAGUUACAUGCACAAUCUACAUUCUUGACCUGUAAUAAAGAAAAUUAGGUAGACAAAAUAUAAAUACAAAAUGAUUAUCUAUACACAAUUAAAAUAAUUAAACCACAAUCAAAUUUCUAUUACUAAAAAUGGAAUUAAAGUUAAUAUCCUGUGUUGUUAUGUGCUGUAAAAUGAAGUACCAUUUUCACCUUUUUGUCAAAAGUUACAGGCCAGACAAGUUUUAUGCAUGGUUGUCCUUCACAGCACUCUAGUAUUCAAAAGCUGUUAGGCAAGCCUGCUUAUCCCUUCUCACUCUCCAUCUUUCAUUUGAAACAUUGAUCAGUUUUGUGUAUGCUCUUCUUUAAAAUUGGAUCAUGAAAAAGUAUGUGCUUAUUAUAUUGUAAUCAAGUGUGUGGGUAAAACAGCAAUAUUUACUCUGUCAACUUGCAUAUGAACUUUGUCUACUUUAUUUCAACAUAUGGAAGCACAGCAUGAGAAAAAGUGUCUGCCCCUUAUAGAUUACCUAAUAUUGUUUGGUCCCAGGUUAAAUCAUUUAAAACGAUCCUGGAGUGGGCAGAUUUUGUAAAGGAGAGAUUAAAAAAACAAUGCUUUGCUGAUGCGCUCUCCUUGACAACUUUCUUGUGAACACUUGGUGAACUGCACUGAUCUGCAGAAUACGAGCAAAUUGCAAAAUGUAAAAUGUACUGCUUGAACAGGUCUGAAUAGCUUUCGAUUUCUUCAGCCACCAUUCCAUUAGUCAUUGAAGAAUUACAGAAUUUGUGUAGUACUGUACGUUUAACAUUGACACAGUAGUGACUGGAGAAUCGGGGCAGCAGGGACGGUAUUGCACUCGCUCUAUCGCACUGUUGUCACGAAAAGAGAGCUGAGCCGAAAGGCAAAGCUCUCAAUCUACCGGUCAAUUUUUGUUCCUACCCUCACCUUUGGUCAUGAAGGCUGGGUCAUGACCGAAAGAACUAGGUCACGAGUACAAGCGGCCGAAAUGGGCUUCCUCAGAAGGGUGGCAGGCUUCUCCCUUAGAGAUAGGGUGAGGAGCUCAGUCAUCCGUGAGGAGCUCGGAGUAGAGCCGCUGCUCCUUUGCGUCGAAAGGAGUCAGUUGAUGUGGUUUGGGCAUCUGGUAAGGAUGCCCCCUGGCCGCCUCCCUAGGGAGGUGUUUCAGGCACGUCCAGCUGGGAGGAAGCCUUGGGGAAGACCCAGGAUUAGGUGGAGAGAUUACAUCUCCACACUGGCCUGGGAACGCCUCAGGGACCCCCAGUCAGAGCUGGUUAAUGUGGCUCGGGAUAGGGAAGUUUGGGGCCCCCUGCUGGAGCAACUGCCCCCGCGACCCGACUUCAGAUAAGCGGUUGAAGAUGGAUGGAUGGACAGUAGUGAUUAGAAUAGUAUUCUUCUAAUCGAGUACAUAAAAGGUCAACUCACAACAAACUUGUGCAUUAUCGUUUUGAUGAAACUAUUGUGACUUGUAGAGUAUGUUGCUUUAUGGUGACUUAAAGUUAUACAAAUCAUCAAAAUCUCAUUGUUAAAAAACAUGAUUUACCUUAAGUUCAGCACAAGUCACAUUACAUUUUUGAUGCCAAAAGGAAAACAAAAAGGUGCGACUGUAAAUUGAUCAUUUUGUAUGUAAUUAUCUCAAACUGACUGGCUCACCCUCCCAAUUUUGAGUUUCAAGUUUGAAACAUCUGACAUUUUCAGCAAAGCUUUCUGUCAUUUUCUAUCCAGUUGUGUAAUUGGUAUAGUUGACUUCUUGUUUGUCCAAGAAAAUAUAUAUUUUAAUAAUUUCACAAUGUACCUUUUUUAACGUUCUUUGAUUUGUGUUUUCAUGUUAACAAUACUCUGUAAAUCGAAAUAGUAUAGAUAUUCAUGAAUUCAGUUCUGGAUUUGAUGGACAACAUACAGUAACUGUACUGCAUGCUGUGUAUACUUUUGCAGGUUUGUUUUUCCUACAGUGUAUAAGCAUGAAACAGCUUAUUAAUUAAUACAAGUGAAAUUCUAUCCUGACUAUGGAUA